UUCAUAGUCUUUGGUCAAUUCUAGAUUUUUUCUAGAUUUUUUAAAUACUUCAUAUUUAUUCAGACUAGAGAACAUUACAAAUUUAUAUAGAAAAUGGCAAGUGAGGUGGAAUUAGCUCAGUCCGCUCUUCCAGGAGGCGAUACUAUCUUUGGCAAGAUAUUAAGAAAAGAAAUACCUGCCAAAUUUGUCUACGAAGAUGAUCAAUGUGUAGCAUUUCAUGAUGUGAACCCUCAAGCGCCUACUCACAUCUUGGUGAUUCCUAGAAAACCAAUACCUCAACUGUCCAAAGCUUCUGAUGAAGAUGAGCAACUUCUAGGUCAUCUUAUGAUUGCUGCUCGCAAAAUUGCUGCUCAAGAAGGGCUUGGUGAAAGUGGUUUCCGAAUUGUUAUCAAUGAUGGGAAGAAUGGUGCUCAGAGCGUCUACCAUCUCCAUCUUCAUAUCUUGGGAGGAAGGCAAUUGCGCUGGCCUCCUGGUUAAGAGGAACAAUUAAAAAUUGAUAUUUAAAACUG